AUGGAUCCGAAUAAUUCAAUCAUCAUCCACGCCCUGCCGGAACCCAACAACCCGGCCAAAAACAAAGACAUCCAGAUUCCGGCAGCCUCGGAGAAAGAAGGUUCUAGAAAGCAGCAGCUUGCCCCCAAACGCACCUCCAACAAAGACCGCCACACGAAGGUCGACGGCCGUGGGCGGAGGAUCCGGAUGCCAGCCCUCUGCGCCGCCCGUAUUUUCCAGCUCACUCGCGAGCUCGGCCACAAGUCCGACGGCGAGACCAUCCAGUGGCUCCUCAACCAGGCCGAGCCCUCAAUCAUCGCCGCCACCGGCUCCGGCACCAUCCCUGCCUCCGCACUCGCCGUAUCCGCCGCCGCGCCAGUCUCCGACUCCUCGAUCCCCUCCGGCCUUCACGGGAUCCGGCCAGGAGAUCCGGGCAGCGGGUCGUGGCCGGGUCACGGUUUCGGGUUUCAGCAAUUGGCGGCUGCUGAGGGGCAGAGCUAUCUGCAGAGGAUGGGGUUCGCGGGGUUCGACCUGCCGGGACCGUUGAGCUUGGCCUCGAUAUUAGGCGCCAGCACUAGUCAACAAAUUCCGGGUCUCGAGCUUGGAUUGUCGCAGGAUUUGAAUCAGUUGAACCAGAUUUAUCAUCAUCAGCAGCAGCAGCAGCAGAUUGUUCAUGAACAAAAUCAAAAUCAGAAUCGAAAUAUAAACCAAAACCAACAGAUAUCAUCUAAGGACGAUGAUUCUCGAGAAUUGCAGCAGUAG